AUUUCUAUUUGAAAAUAGAAUCAGGCUGUUUUAGGCUGGCAUUUCUGAAAGGAUAUAUUUGGAACUUCUCGCCGGUUUCGGUCGUAACUUUUCAGAACAAAGCUCUAUAUGACAAAAGUCAAGUCUUCUAAAAGAUUUGUAGCGAUAUCAUUCAACGAUCAGAUAGAUGGAUGGAAGCAUCUAAAUUCAGAACUUAAGAAUUAUCUGCCAUUAGAAAUUCAGCUCGACUUUGUCAAAACACGAUGUUGCUUCGACAUUAAUUUUGUUCCAGAGAGUUCAUUCGACCGUAGGAUAUUUUGUUAUCCGAUUUUGAAUCCUAGAAACAAUUUUUCUAAUGCCGAGGCGUCCUCAUUGCCCAAAAUGAUGAGCCCUACCGAUCUGUAUCUUUUGGCAAAUUCUCAUCAAAAGCCAUUCUUGAAAAUUUUUUUUACCACUGGCCUUCAAUAUCAAAGAGUGACUAGACCAAACGUUUUAAAAUGGAUGAACACUAUGGUAGCAGAAGGUGAUGAGUGGCUGAUUAUUCACUUCGAAUUUCGAGAGGCAGGAUUUUUUCAAAUAAAAAACCCUGGACUCUCUUUGAAAAGAGACUUCAACAGAGACAAAGUUGACAGGGUAUGCAUUUUCAAAGCUUUCGAAAUAAACAAACAAAAUGCUUUUACAGAAAUUGUGGAAAAGAUCAAAGAGGGAGUUAUUCGCUACGGUAAUCGAAUUAUAGAGAUGAACAGAAAGUAUAUUAACGUUAUGGAGUUUUUGAGGUUAACGCCUGAAUUCGACUAUUUAAAAUUUUUUGCUGUAAAAGAGAAUUUGGCAUUUAUAUAUGAAGCUUUGAACUGUUAUAAUUUAACGUUGUCGCAAUACGAUGAAUUAGAAACUCUAUUUCAAUUAGGUGGAUUGGAAAAGUGGGUAACUGUUUUUCGAAAGCAUGAGUUCGAGAAUCAACAGCUAGAAAGUUUGUCAGUCUUAGAUUAUAAGAACAUGUCAUAUACGCAAGCGUUUCUUGACCACACAAUUACAGAAUACGAAUUUCUUCAGUAUCUGUUUUCCAGGCAAGUUCACUUUUUGUUUUUGCUAAACGACAUAGUUCAUAUUGCUCGUCGAGGUAUUCGAUUCGUUGCAAGGUUCGAAAGUCUUCAAGCUAGCCAGCAAUCGUUUCUUUUUCGGACAAUUUGGAGUUAUUUUACAUUGAUCGACAUUUCUCAGGCAUGUAAAACAAAGGACAUACCUCAGAAUCAAGUAAGUGACAUAACUUACCUGCUAGGAAGAAUUUAUCAUAUGAUACUGAACAAACUAGAGCACCUGGGAAGGGCAUUCGGUAUUCUUCCUAGCUCUCACUUGUCCAUAAUGGAGGAAUGUAUGAACAGGUCGACUCACUUGACAAACGAAGAGAAGGAAGGGGGGCUCGACGUCAUGGAGAGUCGAUUGGAAGACGUCCAGCAGAGGCUUUCCGGACCAGGAGAGGAGAAGCAGGCUGAUGAACAAAUAAGAGAGGAAGGAAGUAACUGGAACCAAGAAAGCGAACAGAGUACAGCACAGGAUGACUGUCAUAUGAAAAUCACGCUAGAAGAGGGAAAGGACGAAAGAAACGUGGCUCAGAAGGUCAAAGAGACAGUGAUAGUAAAAGACAGAGAAGGUGUAUCGAAGAGGCUAGUGGCUAGAGGAGGUGAAAGAGAAAAUGAGGUGAAUAGCAUCUUGAUGACAAAAAAGCGCUGGCGCGAUUUGAAGGAUCUUUUGGACAAUUACGAAAAUGGCUUAAAAAAAUGGGCUGUAGUCCCUGGUUGGAAUGGAGAAGGUCCUUCGCCGUUGGAGGUGCUAGUCAGAAAAUGGAGACUGAAUUCCGGCCAGCUUAUCAAAUUAACUUUAAUCUUUGGAAGGCUAUUUAAGAAUUAUCAGAGCUAUCAGCUUUGGCUGGAGGUCAAUGGUGGUCAGACAAGACUCAGAGAUUUUUUAAAAAACUGGCUAGCUCGUUCAGAAAAUAGAGUUUUAUUGGCAUCUGUUUUUAAACUUUCGAAACCCCAACAAAAGACCAUUCGGAAUAACACGACCAAUCUAGGAUACGUAAGGGCGCUCAUAUCGAGACGAAAUGUAAUAGGCGCGCAUCGAGGAUCAGAUUUUGAGUGGAUUCACUGGCUUGCUAUUUGCUCAUUGUCAGAAUUGGCUAGAAAGAUACCAUUUUUGAGGAAAUCGUUGGCAACAGUGGAAAUUCUGGGAAACGCGCGCCAGGACGCCGAAAGAGAGAACCUGAAAGAGGAAUUUUUUGGACACAAGAAAAAGCAUUCGUUGCGUUGUUCUUUGGAAGAGCUGAAAGAUUUUAAAAACUUUGAUCAAGUUUAUCGGCGAUUCGCGAUGAAGGCAGCAAAGUACUACAAGAAACAACGCAUGACUCGCCAUUUUAUGUGCAUCGAAUAUUUACUAGGAAAUUAUUGCUUUUCCAUAGGGAGAUACGAAGAAGCGUUACGCUAUUUUAAGGGGAUUGUAGAUGGCUAUCGAAAGGAAGAUUGGGAUAAAAUUUUGUUUGUAAUCUAUAACAAAAUGUCUGCAUGUUAUCGGCAGAUAGGGCGGAUGUCUGACUACAUGAUCACUUUAAAAUAUUUGGUAUCAGAGGCUUUUUCUAGCCACGCUACGAGAGAGCAGCAACUAUUUUAUGAAGCUGAGUUUUUGAAGGCUGUUAGAUCUGAAAAUUACCUCAAAACCGAAGUCAUUGGCGUGCUGGACUACGAUAAGUACUGUGACUUGUUUAAGGUGAAAUUGAGUCUGAAGACGCAAAGACAUGUCAUUGAUAAUCCUGUGUCUAUUCAAAUUGCUGUAAUGAAUCCCUUCUCCUCUCCAAUUACACUAGACGCUUUGCACGUUUAUUUCAGUACUGGAACAGCCCCCGUUUACCCCAAGCAAGUUUGCUUCUCCUUAUUUUCAUGUGAGCUGAGCUCUAGAAACAACAAAUUUACAGUGGAAAAGUAUAUUCCGAAGGGAUUGUGGAUGCAUACCAAAACUGUACUCGUUAUUGGAAAUUUCAUAGUCACACUUGUGUUUUUAGAGACCCUCGCCAACUUUCAAACUACCGAGACUCCUUCUCGCGCAUCUUUUUCAGCCGUUUCCCCAAAAUUCAGACACAAACCACCCGUUUGUUCCUCAAAUAGAACCAACUUUUUCGUAAGACUGCGCAAAAAUUUUUACACCUUAGAGGUUUGUCAACUCACCAAGUUCCUAACCGAUGCUGUCCAGCCAAUCAAGAUCCUACUUCGCACCCACCAAGACACUAUGCAAUCACCUUCUAUUUUAAUCUUUCUAGAUGGCAAGGCUGUAGAACUUCCUUCUAAGAUGCUAGAAGCUGAAAAGUUGACUCAAUCGUCUCUCGACAAUCACCAAGUUUCUGGUACCGGCCGAGACCAUUCUCUGCCUGCCACCACCUUUUUUGCGGUAGUUGACGGCCAAACCGUCAUACUACCAGACAUAAAUCUUAUGGAAUCCAUCACCCUAUCUGUCCCAAUCAACAUUUCUCCUCUGCCCAUCCAAAUUUCUAGCCACUCCUCCGGCGACUCUCCUUCUCUUGUCAAAAACACUAUAAAACUGGUGCUCCAUUACAAGAACCACCUUGGGAAAAAAGUCACAAAAACCUAUUCUUCUUGCCUCUCUUGGACACUGCCCAUUUCUGUAUCUCACCAAAUCAUUCACAUCGACCCUUUGCAGCCACUUUUUUUAAAAGUCUCUCUUCAUAACAUUACAGACCAUUGUAUCAGCCUUCUCUCCUAUUCAUUCGACGCCCAUGGCGAUGUAGCCAUAAUCGAGGAUCUCAACUCGAAACAUGGCUCUCGUAUCACAGAACUCAAAAAAAACACUAGUGCGAACAUUCUACUUUAUCUCAAACUAACAACCACUGAUGAAGAUGAAAGCCAAAAGUCUUUAGCAAAUUCAAAAAAAAAACCUUUUAUCUGCUUUUCAACUACUAUUUUACCCAAAAUACCAUCUGAUCUACCCACCCCUACCCCCUUUCACAGUAAAUAUAAUAUGCCUAUACUUAUAGAGCCCUUCUAUUACUCUAUACUUUCGUUCCACCAAAACACUGUCACCGUAGGCGAACCAACGACCGUAAAAUUCUUAAUUCGUUCCCUUCGCCCUCGGUCUCCCGCAGAUUCAAAUGACAUCUCCUUAUUUUAUCGUGCACAAUUCGACGCAAAAAAAUGUUUAAUAAUCGGCAAAGUGUACGGAAAACUUGAUAUUACUCGAGAAUCUAUUGUUCAGCUCUCCUUUUUGCCCUUAAAGCCCGGCCUCUAUUUUCCGGCUCUAACUCUGGAAGAACACAUUCAAUCGCACAAUUCUGCAAGCGAACCCUCUAUCCAUACUGUCCACCAAAAAAAUGUCAUUCAGCAUUACAAGGCGAUGGAAGUUUACCCCACUCCUUGCAUUGUGUUCCCCUGUGACAACCUGGAUAAUUAAAUCGUCACCCUUCCUAUUAAGGCGAAUAAUCAUAUCACAUUUGCAUAAGCAAGAACUGCGAGUUCCUCUUCUUGAAAUAGUCUAAUCGAAAUGCCCAGUUUUCUAAAAAGAAAUCCGCAGAAAUUCCAUAAUCCUUUCAUAUAGACUAUAUAUACAUAAAUAAUAGAUACUU